AUGCUAAUGAGCCUGCAGACAAUACUCAGACUGAAGCAACAAUCAAAAUAUGAAAAGACUGAAAAGGAACUCUCUCAAAUCUUCGGAACAAGGAUUGCUUUCUUCCACAAAAUCAACAACGGCUGCUGCACCAAACUUCUAUUUACCCGACGAGUGUUGGGAAUCUGUCUUCAAAUUCGUCAUCGACAAGGACAACACAACAGGGAGUCCAACCGUAGCUACUUUCCAUCGCCAAUCUACAUUAGCUUCAAAUGUCUCUCCAAGGUCUCCAAGCAAUUCCUUUCCAUCACCAAUCUUCUUCUAUUAUCUUUCACGGUCUGUGAACCAACAAGCUUUCUCCUCCCUCGCCUCUUCCGUAGAUUCACCAACCUCACCUCCCUUGACCUUACAAGCUACAACGGUGACCUCAAUAGGCUUCUCUGCCAAAUAUAUUUUCCCUUCAAACUCACAUCACUCAAUCUCUCUAACCAACACACCAUUCCCGCAAAUGGGUUACGAGCCUUCUCCAAAAAGACUACUUUGACUUCUCUCGACCUAAGUAACCCCUUAUCUUGCGACGGCUGUUACAGUAGCUUUCUCCAUGGUGUGGAGACUCUUUCAUUAUCACUUUUCAAACUCCGCAAGGUUAAUCUUUCUACUCAUGACUACAUCAACGACCAAUCGCUUUUCCACUUGUUCAAAAAUUGUAAGCUUCUCGAGGAGGCCAUUGUGUCUGACGGUAAUGGCAUAACCGAGACUGAUAUUGGGAAGAUGAGUGUACAACAUUCUAAUUCUUUGAAGGAUUUUGUUGUACGGCCUCAGUUAAAGUCUCUAAAUUUGGGUAUGAGUCAAUGGUUGAGAGAUGAAAGCAUUAUAAAGUCUCUAAAUUUGGGUAUGAGUCAAUGGUUGAGAGAUGAAAGCAUUAUAAUGUUUGCAUCCAUUUUCCCCAAUUUACAUAUGCUGGACUUGAGCUAUUGUUAUAACAUAUCUAAAGAAGGUAUUUAUCAAGUUUUGAAGAGAUGUAAGAUCAGAGAUUUGAACUUAACCUCUUCAAGAGUGAAUCUACUUGGAAUGAACUUUGAAGUCCCCAAGCUAGAGGUGUUGAACUUGUCAUAUACAAACAUUGAUGAUGAAAAGCUUUAUGUGACCUCAAAGAAUUGUCGUGAGCUUUCACGUGUGGUACUAAUGUUGGAAUAUUUUAUUAUUUAAUAAUAUUCCAAUAUCAUUAUGUAGGCAAAUAUCGUAAUAAUAAUUAUACUACACUCACACAAUCAUUAUUUACAACCUUAAAUAAGAUUAGUGAUGUUCGUGCAACUAAGAUAGAAAGUUGGUUAUGAUUUUGAUCUUAAUAUUAGUAUUUCAUACA